GCUUUACGACAGCCGUAAAGCGAUGGACUCGCUGACAAUAAUGAUAUGAGAUAACUGAACAGUGUAGCGCUGCUCCACAGAUUCUUGUCCAUCUGACGCCGGGAGACCCCGACAAAGUUGAAUACCUCCGAUUCGCCAUCAUCUCAGCCGUCGCCACGUCUGAGCAAAGAGUUGUUUUUUUUUUUUUUUUUACUGAAAGCCAGUGUCCCUUUGUGCGGCGAGGCGAGCGACGAGAGCCAGUGGAAGAAGAAUCGCUUUUAGCCAGUCAUUGCCAUGGCCUCCGAAAGUAGCGAUAGCAACAUGGACAGAGAGAUGAUUCUGGCCGACUUUCAGGCAUGCACAGGAAUUGACAACAUUGCAGAGGCAAUCACCCUGUUGGAGCUUAAUAACUGGGAUUUAGUGGCAGCCAUCAAUGGAGUGAUACCACAGGAGAAUGGGAUCUUACAAAGUAGUUUUUCCAGCGAGGCGAGCCAGGCCAGCAUGUACGGACCUCCCAGCCAAUCAGAGGCAGCCGAUGCGGCAGCAGGAGGUGCAGCUCCUCCUGCAUCCUCCUCAUCUUCGUCCUCAUCUCCCCCUUCGUCCUCGACUUCAGCAUUUUGCCCUUUCAACUCCUCAACUUCCUCCUCCCGACACAUUGUAGAGCGUCAGCCCCGGAUGCUCAACUUCAGGGUUGAGUACCGGCAGCGCACCGUAGAGCUGGUACUGGAGGAAGGCAGCGCAGUCGGAGAAAUCAAACAAAUCCUCGAGACAGAGCUUGGGGUCCCAGUGUCCAAAAUGCAGCUGAAGGGAUGGAAGAGUGGAGAUGUGUCUGAUAGUACGGUGAUGAGAAGUUUACACCUGCCCAAGAACAACAGCCUGUAUGUCCUCACCCCAGACAUCGCCCCUACUGCCAGCACCAGCAAAAACAGUGCUCUCCAAGACUCGUUAAACCAGAACUUCCUGCUGGUCAUCAGCCACCGCGAGGCCCAGAGGGACUACAGCCUCAACUUCCCCGGCUCCAGAACCAUACAAGAAGUGAAGAGGAAUAUUUCAGACUUGACCAACAUCCCAGUCCGGCAUCAACAGUGGGAGGGAUGGCCUGCGUCAGCAUCUGAUGACUCUAUGACGCUAGCUGCCUCUGGAAUCAGCUAUCCUUGCCAUCACCUCAGUGUUUGUCGGAGGUCCUCCACAGCUAAUGCCCAGGAGCCCACAGAAGAGUGUGCAGAUGUCCAUAUGAUCAGCGACAGUGAGGGGGAUGAUUUUGAAGAUGCGUCGGAGUUCGGUGUGGACGAUUCAGAGAUGUUUGGAAUGGGCUCUUCAACCUGUCGGAAAUCACCCAUGAUGCCAGAGAAUAGUGAGAAUGAAGCUGAUGCCUUACUGCACUUUACUGCCGAAUUUUCCUCAAGGUAUGGAGAGACCCACCCAAUGUUCUUCAUUGGUACUUUGGAAGCAGCGUCUCAAGAGGCCUUCUACGGCAAAGCCAGAGAUAGAAAGCUACUGGCCAUCUACCUCCACAAUGACGACAGUGUCCUCAGCAACGUCUUCUGCUCCCAAAUGAUGUGUGCUGACUCCAUUGUCUCGUACCUGAGCCAGAACUUCAUCACAUGGGCGUGGGACGUCACUAAAGAAGCUAACAAAGCAAGACUACUCACCAUGUGUACAAGGCACUUUGGAAGUGUGGUGACACAAACUAUACGGACAUACAAGACAGACCAGUUCCCCCUGCUCCUUAUAGUAAUGGGCAAACGCACAUCAAACGAAGUUCUAAAUGUUAUUCAAGGCAAUACGACAGUGGACGAGCUGAUGAUGAGGUUAAUGGGAGCCAUGGAGAUCUUUACAGCACAACAACAAGAGGACAUCAAAGAUGAGGAUGAGCGUGAGGCAAGAGAGACAGUGAAGAGAGAACAGGACGAGGCCUACCGCCUGUCUUUAGAGGCUGACCGUAAGAAGAGAGAAGCCCAAGAGAAAGAAGAGGCCGAGCAGGUUCGCCUGGAACAGAUGAGAAAGGAGCAGGAGGAGGAAAAGGAGGCAAUCCGCUUGUCAUUGGAGCAGGCCCUACCGCCAGAGCCCGCCGAGGAGGCUGGAGAGCAAAUCAGCAAACUGCGAAUCCGCACACCAAGUGGAGAGUUCCUGGAAAGGCGUUUCCUGGGCAGCUGCAAGCUCCAGGUCCUCUUCGACUUUGUGGCCUCCAAGGGAUACCCCUUCGAAGGGUUCAAGCUCCUCACCACCUUCCCUCGAAGAAAUAUCACCCAGUUGGAUCCAGAAUCGAAUCUGCUGGAGGCCAAGUUGUUUCCACAGGAGACGCUCUUCCUGGAGGCUAAAGAAUAGGAACUGUCCCUCUGAUCACUGAGAGGACCGACUCAUUGACUGACUGAUGAACUGGCUGGACACACAGUAGUCACCGAGCAUGCCCUCCCCUCCCCUCCCCCGGUCUGGGCCUACAGUACACACACCUACACUUACACACACACGCACACACACAAAUACACAGUCAUCUCAUACAUAAAUACACUGGACAUCAUGCACGUCCAGUGACACACAAGUGCAAGUAAGCCUCUCUGCCCUCGGCCUGGUCGUGAUACAUGAACGACUCGUGUAUACGUGUUGCACAGAGGAGCGAAGACAGUAUCACAAGCACACAGCCAAAUAUUCACCAUACCCCCCCACCCCCCCUUUCUCUCAACUCCUUUCACACACUUCACAAAUUCAUGUUCCCAACUGCUGUCAUGGUUUUCUCUCACAACACAAACACAAGUACAAUAACAACGUUGACAAACUGAGUAGACAAAAUCUUUGUCACAGUAAAAGAAAAAAAAGAAAAACUUGGACUUGGCCCCCCCUCGUUUUACACAUUCAACGCACCAAGGCUGCUUUUUUUUAGAACAUGUUUUUUGUGUUUGAAAUAAAAAAAUAUAUGAUAAAAAAAAUUAUGUAUGAAAAAAAAGGAAAUCAAAUAAACAGCAAGAAGAGAUGUUGCCUUGCAGAAAUCUGGGCUGCCUCAUCUCCACCUGUAUUUACCCCCUUCUCCUUCCCCAAUGCCACUUCCCACCCCCGCCUCUUCCCCAUGCCCUUGUCCCACCCUACUCCCCUGCACCCCCUCCACACAAUGUCUCCCGCCGGGAAUGGGAUGUGAUGGGACACUCACGGCAUCUGCUAUGGCCCCUCAGUCUCCACUCCCCCUGGUUUUAACAUCCACUGCUCCACAAGCCAACGGAUUGCUCAGUUUUCAGUUUUUUUUCUUUUCUUUUUUCUUUUUUUUCCCUCUUGAUCCUUUUUAAGUUUGAUGCUGUAUUAGUUUUAGUUUGAUAUACAUUAUAUAAAAUAUAUGAAUAUGAACAUCAA